CAUAUAUACUAAUUAAUUUAAGUUUUCUCUGCAAAAGUAUUUGACAUCCAAGUUAAAUGAACGAGUUAUGAUUCGUUUAAAAUAUUUAUGUAGAAAGUUGGCAAAAUAUUAUUAUAGUAGCUUGUUUUUCUUUAGGUUUUUUUUACAAGGGUGAUAUAGGUUUUACUUUUUUGUUGUUUAGGUACUACUAAAGGGAUUUAAACAUGUGACCUGAGGAGGGCCAGUCGAAAAUUCGGCGGGUUUCUUGGAAGAAUAUGUGUAGAAGUAAGCAUGAUGGGGGAAUGGGGUUUCGUCGAUUUGAACAUUUUAAUCAGGCUCUCCUAGCUAAAAUUGGGUGGCGAAUUUUAAAUGAGCUUGAUUCCCUCCUUGCUCAUGUUUAUAAAGGGAAGUAUUUCCCUCAUGGUUCUUUUCUCUCGGCAACAGCUCGGUCUAGACCUUCGUGGGGUUGGCAGAGUAUCCUCCAUGGUCGGGAGCUUCUGAUAAUGGGGUUACGUUGGCAAAUUGGCAAUUGUCGGCAAGCCGCCCUCCUAACGUCCAAUUGGAUCCCUAGACUGCACCCGCUCCCCCUAGGUAUAAUCCCUGUGUGCUUCCGGAAGGGGUGGAGCUAAAGGUGGCAGAGGUAAUUCAACCUGGUGAAGGACGAUGGUGCGAUGAUAAGCUCCGACAAUGGUUUGAUCCUAUGACAUGUAAGGCCAUAAGGGCGAUCCCGUUGCCUCGCCAAGAUGUAGAGAAUCGUUUGGUAUGGCAUGCUACAACUGAUGGUGUGUUCACUGUUAAGUCAGGUACCAUUUUGCGGUCACUCUGGAUCAACAGCCGGGCAGGUGAAAACUCACGGUUAGUUGGAUGGAUCGAGCUAGUUGGAUCCGGUUGUGGGAGGCAGACAUACCUCAGAAGUUAAAGGUGUUUGUUUGGCAGAUUUUUCGGAGGAUAUUGCCUACUACGAAGGCGUUAAUCGAAAAACGGGUUGAUGUUCUACCCAGGUGUCCCGUUUGCUGGGGAGGGGCUGAAACAAUGGAACAUAUGUUCCUUGACUGCAUAGUUGCUCGUGCCAUUUGGGAUCACUCUGGGCUGGCUCACCUAGGGGAAGGGUUGCUUCGGCAUACCUUCUCGCUCUUUCUGAAGAAGAUCUUGGCUCUGGUUGACCGAAACCUCAGUUUAUAAAGGUGAUCGCUGUCCUUUGGAGAAUUUGGUGAUCUUGUAACUGGGUUGUCUUUGAAGGCAAACAGUUUGGGAUUGCAUCCUUGAUGCGACAGUUCAAUCAACAAGUGCAAGAGCGGGUUAGACUCCCUAGGGACCAGGCCCCCCGACCUCCUACUACUCUUAGUCCGGUGGAUUCUGUGGAUCCAGCCCUGGCGAUUUGUAUGUGGGAUGGGGCGGUUAGGGCUGGUUCUCAUUCGGCAGGGGGAUGGUCUUCUUGACUCCAGCCCGUGAAAUACUCCUUGUUCAAGGGGUGCCGUUCCCGAGUAUUGAUGACCCACUGGUAGUGGAGUUGCUGACUCUUCGGGAGGCUAUCUUGUGGUGCUUAGGGCAAGGUUUUUCUGAGGUGUGAUUUGAAGGCGAUGCUCAGGUGAUUAUUGAGAAGCUCCGUAGGGCUGAGACCAGAGAUAGCCGGGGUGGGCCCAUUCUAGUGGAGGUCAGCAAUUUGUUUGUGGCACAUACAGGGUUUAGUGUUCGAUUUGUAGGUCAGAGGAACAAUAGGGUAGCUCAUCUGGUAGCUCGCAAGACCCUUUCUUUGUACCCGACUACGAGUCGUUUCUUUGAUUUCCAGGUCUAGCUGUAUUCCAGGAUGUAAUUGCCUAUAUUUCAAUCAAUAUAUGAUUAUCUUUUGUCAAAAAAAAAAUGCUAGUAGUAUUACCACUAGAGCAAUCCCUUUGUUCGUUUUUCUUUAGGGUUAUUAUAGUGCCUUGUUUUAAUUUUACUUAGUCUUGGCUUGGCUUAUAGUUGUGAGUAAUAUUUUGAGCUUUUACUUUCAGGAUUUCUACCGUGAAUUCUGUUUCGCUGAAUCAGGACAUCACAAGUCUUUGUUUGAGCAAUUGUUUUACUUUUAAUAAAGUCACCAAUAAAAUAAUAUUUUAUCGAUAUGAAAUACUAUAAAGAAUAAUCACGGUUGUAUAAUAAAAUACUCUAUUAGUAAUGUGUCCGGUUUGAUCUUCUACACAAUUUUUAUAAUCUAGUAAACUGGACAAGUUCUAGAGUCUACACCACAUAAGAAUUAGGAAGACUAGUCUUUAGACCAAACAUGUGAAUCCACUGCCCAAACAAAGAGGAAGAAGAGGUUUGUUGUUUAUUUUGAACAUUAAAAUUAGAAACAAUACUGCCCAUGCAUCUCGGUGUUUCUGGUGCAUACAUAAUAUUAUUAUCAUUUGCAAAUAAUUAACAAUGCGUUUAGAAAGAUUUUCAUUGAACAGUACAAAAAUACAGUUACAAAAUUCAUUCAUCUAACCAGUAGGCCGAUCUAGGGGCCGCCCCGGGCCACGGUCCAACCUUCCAGGAUGCAAAGCUCGUAUAGUACUUGUAAAUUAUUUAUUUUGGAUAUAUAUUUCAAUGUUUAUAGGGUUACGAUCUAACCCUCUCCACCGCUUUUUAAAUGCGGCCCAGAACUCUAACUUGUUCUGGAUCCGCCGCUGGGAUGGCCCGGAGACAAUGGAACACUUGUUCCUUUAUUGUCCAGUGGCGCGGGCUCUCUGGGAUUAUUCUGGGCUGGAAUACUUGGGAGAGAGUUUGUCUCGGCAUACUUUUCCUUUGUUUCUCAAACGUCUGUUGGGUUUGAUCCAUCACCGUCAGUGGUUAUGGCUGUUGUUGCCAUCCUUUGGAGGAUCUGACGAUCUCGGAAUUGGGUAGUCUUUGAAGGCAAACAAUUUGGGAUCUCGGCGCUCAUGCGACAGUUUAACCAACAGUAUGAGGAAUAGGUGGCUCUACCAGUGGACCAGGCGCCUAGGGUACAAACCCCGAUAAUGCACUCUACAGCACAAGUGGAUGAUUCCCAUUUGGUUUGCAUAUGGGACGGGGCUACUAAGGGUGGGUCUCAUUCGGCUGGUGGGAUGGUUCUUUUUGACUCACCGCGGACACUCCUUCUGGCUAGAGGGGUCCAGUUUGCUCAAAUGGAUGAUCCUGCAGUGGUGGAAUUGCUUGUGCUUAGGGAAGCUAUUAUUUGGUGUGGGGAACAAGGUUUGUCGGAGGUCCGAUUUGAGGGCGAUACGAAGGUGAUUAUUGACAAAAUCAACCAGACCGACACAAGAGAUAGUCGGUUGGGUGCUGUUCUGAAAGAGAUUGAUCAUUAUUUUCGUGCUCAGUCUGGCUUAAGUGUACAUUUUGUAGGUCGGGAGAACAAUAGGGUAGCUCAUUUGGUAGCUAGGAAAGCCCUCUCUUUGUAUCCGACUAUGAGUCGCUUCUUUGAUUUCCAGACCUGGCUGGUAUCCAAGGUGUAACUAUUUUUUGUUUCGAUCCAUAUAUGAUAUCUUUUGAAGAAAAAAAAAACUAUUGUAUACACUUGAAAUAACUUGAAAUAAAUAAUGAAAACACCCUAAAAACACAUCUCUAAACGAAUGAACGGUCAUAGUAACCUCUAUCAAAUGCUGUAUAAUUAAAUGACAAACUGACAUGUUCUUCCUUCAGGAAUCCCUGCAGCAGCCAUCCUUCUCCUCCAUCCCUUUCAGCUGAAAACCAAGCUACAGAGCAACAGUACCAUAACCUACAAUACUUAUGCAUUACAUAUGCAGGAAAAAAAAAAAGAAAUCCAACUGGCAGGAAACCCUGAGAUCCAAAUCUAAAAUCAGUCCCAUUUCCAUCCCACAGUUUUCUCAAUGACAAUACCUUCAUUGAUCCCACAAUGGAAUUCGAGAUGCCCACAGAUUUCAGACUUCUUGCUUAGAAAAAAAAUAAAUAAAGUAAACCUCAAUCA